AUGGGUCUUCUUGAUCGUCACAAGGCACGCCUUGUUGCUAAAGAUUUCCAUCAGCACUAUGGCGUUGACUACUCCAAAACGUUCAGCCCCGUCAUCAAGAUCACAACUAUCCGCAUUGUACUGGAUGUUGCAGCAAGCAAAUCUUGGUCCAUACGGCAACUUGAUGUGAACAACGCUUUCUUGCAGGGCACGCUUACGGAAGAGGUGUACAUGACUCAGCCUCCAGGACUUAUUGAUCAGACUCACCCUGAUUAUGUUUGUCGCCUCAACAAGCCAAUCUACGAACUUGUCACCAAUGUGGAGACGUCACUCGCUACACGUUUCUUCAUUAAAGAUCCUUGUGAUCUCCACUACUUCCUCGGCAUUGAAGUUACACAUACCACCACUGGUCUCCAUCUCAUGCAGCGGAAGUAUAUUAUUGAUCUCCUCACCAAAACGCACAUGUUGGAAGCUAAACCUAUCUCCACGCCACUACCGACCUCACCUAAGCUCACACUCAACUCCGGCCGCGUACUCGAAAAUGCCAAGCAAUAUCGGAUGGUUGUUGGGAGCCUCCAAUAUCUUCCAUCACUCGUCCGGAUAUUGCCUAUGCAGUCAGCAGGCUAUCUCUCUACAUGCACAAACCGACUGAUGAUCAUUGGCAGGUUGCUAAGAGAGUCCUUCGAUAUCUGGCAGGCACCCUCACACAUGGCGUUUACUUUCGAGGUCCGUUGGAUAUGCUCCUUACUCAGUGAACUCGGCCUUACACUUCGUCAGCCACCAGCCGUUUACUGCGAUAAUGUUGGGGCCAACUAUCUCUGCGCCAAUCCUGUCUUUCACUCACGAAUGAAACAUAUAGCCCUUGAUUAUCAUUUCGUUCAUGAACAGGUCCAAUCUGGUAUGUUUCGGGUGUCUCAUGUAUCUACACAUGAUCAGCUAGCUGACAUGCUCACAAAACCGCUACCUCGCUCACAUUUUCAGCUUUCUCGAAACAAGCUCGGAGUCAUUCCCAUGCCUCCUUCUUGA